AUGGAUAUUCAUCGUUGUUCGUUUCUCGACUACACCCCCGAAUCUAUAACAUGCUGUGCCUUUACACAUGAAUCAAAUUUAGAGCAAGUCACACCAAAUAAUUUUAGAUUAGCAAUAGGUAGAGCUGAUGGGUCAAUUGAAAUCUGGAAUCCAAACAACUCAAAAUAUAGAUGGGUUUUGGAAAACGUGAUUCCAGGCUCUAAAGGCACGUCAAUCGAAGGCUUAGUUUGGUCUACCCAUAAUGAUCCAUCUUUACCUCCAAGAUUGUUCUCCAUCGGUGGCUCUACUAUUUUAACUGAGUGGGACUUGGAUACGGGUGUGCCUUUGAAGAAUUUUGACUGUAAUGCCGGUGUCAUUUGGUCUAUUGCGAUCAAUAAAAGCCAUGAUAAAAUUGCAUUAGGUUGUGAAGAUGGAUCUGUGGUAGUAGUUGAUGUCAAUGGUGGUCCGGGUGUCAUUGAGCAUGAGACCAUUUUACAGAGACAAAAAUACAGAGUCUUAUCCCUUUGUUGGGUGGAAAACAAAAUGAUACUUGGUGGGUGUGCAGAUGGUAGAAUUAGAGUUUGGUCUUACAUGAAUACUGAAAUUGGAGGAGAUGGUGAGAAUACUGAAAAUGGAAUAAAGGGAAGAUUAGUGCAAACGUUGAGAACAGAUAAAUCCAAAAGUGAGCCAAGUUUAAUUUGGUGUUUGCUUCAUUUACCUAAAUCAAACCAGUUUGUUUCUGGAGAUUCCACCGGUUCGAUUAAAAUCUGGGAUUUGAAGCAUUUAGUCUUACAACAAUCUUUUCAGGUUCACGAGGCCGAUGUUUUAUGUUUGGCCAAGGACGCAACUGGCGAAAAGUUUUUCAGUGCAGGUGUUGACAGAAAAAUCUACAACUUUAAUCACACUAAGAUCUCCAAACAUAAUAACAAAUGGAUAAAUACUUCUAGCAGGUUGUUGCAUGGCAAUGAUGUCAGGACAAUGGCAUCGUAUCACUCGAAAAACCUUGAUUUCUUGGUCAGUGGUGGUAUUGAAAGAAUCAUGCAUGUCAAUUCUAUCAAAAACUUCCAAAGUUCAGUCACCUAUAAACUACCAAUAAACCCUAUUACCGAAAAUGUAAUAGUCCAUGAAGAUAAGAGGUUGAUACUCAUGUACCAGAGAAAUGAAAUUAAGAUAUGGAAGCUAAAAGAAGACCAUACCAAGACUCUAAUGGCAAAAUUGACAUUAUCGGAUCCAGAGAAUAUAACGGAUAUCUCGCUGAGUGGAAAUGGGGAAUAUUUACUUGUUAGCAGACUUUCUGUUUUGAAAUUAUUUCGUUUAGAGGAAGUUUCAGAGAACAAAAUGUCAAUCAAAAGGAUCCACUCCGAUCUAUUAGCAACCCUUGGUGCCAAAAAGGCCAAGUUUAUCAACUCUGCUGAGAUUUUCCUUGUCUACACAUCUGAAAAUGACUUACAAAGCUACAAAUUUGACCAACUAUCACCAUCCUCUCCAAUUGACGAUUUUCAAGAACCAACAGACUACGAUUUACCUAUAGCUGAUUCCAUGACGAACUCAAAGGCAAAUUUCACUUACUUGGAUCAUUAUUCCCAUAUUGCAAUUGACGAAACAAACCAACUAGUUGCUUUAUCCACAUACAGCGGGGUCAUUGAUAUUCUCAAUUUGUCAACUGGCAAGAUUAAAACAUUGGUGAAACUCUCUUCUGUUGCAACUUGUAUAAAUUUCACUUCAUCAUCGACGUUGUUAGCUGUUACCUUGGACCACAAAAUACACGAGUUUAAUGUAUUGAAUGAUAAGAAAAACGGUCAAAUCUACACAGCUUGGUCCAUGACUAAUUCGAACAGCAUGCCUGCUCAAUUCAUUGCACUUCCUGGGUAUGCAUAUGGUGUAUUUGAAACUUUAGGGAGAUUUGGCAUUUAUGGAUCCAACUGGCUGGUUUUCUUUGAUUCCCAUUAUGACUUACCGAAUAGCCAUUCUGCAGCAACUGAAAAUGGUAAGAAACGUAAAAGAAAUGGCGAUGUGCAAGCGUCGUCAUCUAAGAAUGCCUCCAGCAAUAUUUCUAAAGGUGAGAACAAAUGCUUCUUCUUGACAAAAAACUACACUGACAUACUGUUUACAGGAAAACUUAAUGAUUCUGAAUUAGUUGUAGUUGAAAGACACCUAGAAGACAUGGCAAACCCACCUGCAUUUAAGCUAAAUAGAAUUGCAGUUUAA